AUGCCCUCGUCAAGCCCGUCGCUCGGUCCAGUCUUUGAAGCCAUCACGCCGCGCUUGUGGGCUCGCUACCUUCAGCGAUACCUCGAUGUGCCAGAGCUGCUUACGCUUUCAGAGGUGUGCUGGACCUUCUUUGUGCGCUGCAACGAGGAGCCUCUCUGGCGCGAGUUGUGCUUGCGUCCGCCGUACAUCGACGUGCAGCGGAAACUCGGUCUCUUCACCUUCAGGGGCUCAUGGAAGUACACCGUCUGUGCCUAUCGUGCGGAGCGCGCCGGAACUGACCGACAGAGCAGCCGCUCCAGCACCGUUGUUCUGGCUCAGUCACGGAGUAUUGCUGAUGCCUCGCUGCGCUUCAAUGUCUUCCUCCCUCGUAUUGUGUCCUGCCUACAGGCGAACGGGGAGAUGCGCAGUGACGACAGUGCAGUUUGGAUGGAUCAGUUGUGCAGUCCCUGUGCCGCGGGCACCAGCGCCGCGAGUGAGGUGUCAGCGGGACUUGGCAACGGACGCGACGAAGGUGCGGCAGAAUCCGCCGUGGGAGUAGAGAUGAGUGUCAAAGUGUGGCAAGAAAAUGUUCUUGGAAAGCUCUAUGCACCAACGCUAGCCGUGAAGUACCUCAGUCUAUCUGUCGGCGCCAUCAACUACUUCAUGCACGAUGGCACCUUCCUGCGGCCUCCCUUUCAGGCGCUUCGCCAGUCCCAGUACCGCCUCGUGCGGCCACACACGGAGUUCACCGACUACAACUGGUACGGUACCUGCCUGCUGGAUCUCGUGCCACUCCCGCAGUGGUGCACCAAUGUGCAGUUCUUUGCCACUCUUCGCUGGAAGACCUCUUGCCGCACGCGCCAUCCGCAGUGUUGUGGUCACGCCACCGCUCCCGUCGACGACACCGGCGGCGUGCGAGCCCCGCUGCACCUGCCUGACGAGUUGCGCGGCGUGCCGGGUGUUGUGGACCGCCGCUAUAGGCUUAGCGUCGAUGCGUUCCAGCGGGAGUACGAGGCGCCGAACAUCCCCGUGGUGCUCACCGGCUGCAUGGAGGACUGGCCUGCGCGUGACACGUGGCAGGACAUACACUUCUUUCGCCGCUUUGCCUCUGAGGCGCUCAUGGCGAACGGAAGGACGGCAGAUGGUCGCCGUUUUCGCAUGUCGGCGGCGGAUUACCUUGCCUAUGAGGUCGCCACCAACGCUGAGAAGCCGAUGUACGUCUUUGACAAGACAGUACUGCGGAAAUCCACCGCCCUGCGGGCAGACUACGCGGUUCCGCCCUACUUUGCGGAGGACUUCUUUGCGUACAUGACCGAGGAGGAUCGCCCCGACUACCGAUGGCUCCUUGUCGGCCCUGACGGCAGCGGUAGCCCUUUCCACACAGAUCCGCAUGGGACAUCUGCAUGGAAUGCCGUGCUGAGCGGUUGCAAGCGGGUGACGUUUUACCCUCCACACGUCGUGCCACCGGGCGUCGAGGAGGAGUGGAUACACAGCGACUACUACGCAUCAGAGCCGUGCCUGCAGUGGUACCGCACGCGAGGCGACUCAAUGCCGAGCGGCUCGGCGGUGCGCGGCACCUUCAGCAAGGAGCACGUCGGCGAGGCCUAUAAUGGUUCUGCGAGUGAGCUUCUACCUGUCGAGGCGUUGGUGUUCCCAGGCGACCUUGUCUUCAUUCCAAGUGGCUGGUGGCACCAGGUGCUCAACAUUGGCCACACGGUCGCCGUGACGCAUAACGUUUGCUCCCGCCUUACGUUUCCUCGUGUUGUGGCUGACAUGAACACGUACGCAGAUCGAUCAGUGCGGAAGAAGUUCCAGUGUGCGCUUCGGCGUGCAGGACGCGACGAGUUGGCCGUGCAGCUGCGUGUUCCAGGCGCAUAG